AUGAAGGUCUCAACCACUAUCUUGUCUCUGCUCAGCAGCAUCGCCCUCGUCGCAGCCAUUCCCGUCAGCCAUCCAACCCGCACAUCCAAAGAAAGCGUGCUCACUCUCACCGGCACUCGCCUCAGCCCAAUCACAACAACCUUUACCGAAGGCACUAUGGUGAGAAGAACCGUGUACGAGCCCACGCACACCUCCGAAAAGGACUGUCCCUACGUCUGCAACGGAGCUUGUUGGGCUGAAGGCGGCUGCACCGACGAAGCCUACUCGAGUUGGCUGUCCGCUGUGGCAGCUGACUACAAAUCGUCUUGGGAUUCGAGACUGCUUGAACACUGGAGCUCUACUCACACUGAACCAAGACCAACUACCGAUGCAGAGGGUAUGUCUGUUAGCUGGAGAACUAUCGAGGCCUCACCCACCGCAGCUGCCAGCACAGUGGUCAAAAGAUCCGAUGGUAUCAGAGAUCCUCACUGGUCCAGUGGACCUACCAAUAUCGCCGAACUUGACUGUGACAAUGUCUGCAACUUGGCUUGUUUCGUCGACGGAGGUUGCACUCCUGAACUCUACCAGAAGUGGCAGGACGAGAUUGCGCAAUCACGCAGAUGGCAUGUCUAUCAGCUGGAGAACCGUCCAGCCUACUUCUACUGCUAUGGCUUAGAUUCGUCUUGGUGCAAGACAGGAGAGAAAGUUGGUCGAGGACAGCGGAGAAGGAAGAAUGAUAGAGAGAGUCAACUAGUCGUUAGUGAUGCAGUUGGCUGA